AUGCAACAUAAUCAAUAAUUAUUAUUUCUAUAUAAUAAAGCUAUAAUAGACAAGACUUUGAUAUUUGAAGAGAAUAUAUUGACUAUUCUAAAGAAACAACCUAUUCAUAUCAUGGAAAAUAGAUUCAAAUAAUUAAAACUCGGAUAGUAAUAACUUUAAAAAAAGAAGUUGAAGCAUAAUAAAAUAGAUAAUGUAAAGAUAUCAUAAAUUGAAAUUAAUUUAGUAAUAUUUAUGAAUUAAAUUAGGAUUUAAAAUUAAAGAAUUUAAUGAGAACAGUGAAAGAAUAAUAAAAAAGAAAAUCAGAAAAAUUAAAUCUAUAGUUGGAGAUGAUGAUUUUGCUUUAGUUGCAAAAAUGA